CCGCGGGGAGGGAGGCGCGAAGAGGGCGCGAGGGUGGCAGCUGGAGGGAGCCGCUGCCCCUGCCCUCCCGGGUCCCCGUGGGGCGCAUGGGGUGCUUCGAGCCGGGAUCGCUCGCGGGCCCCGCGCCCAGGUUGCUGCUGCCGUGAGAAGCCACGCCGGGACGCCCCCAGACCCGGAGCUGCCGGGAGGAUGACCAUGGCCGGGGGCAGGAAGGGACUAGUGGCCCCGCAGAACACCUUUCUGGAGAAUAUUGUCCGGCGGUCCAAUGAUACUAAUUUUGUGUUGGGGAAUGCCCAGAUAGUGGACUGGCCUAUCGUGUACAGCAAUGAUGGAUUUUGCAAGCUGUCUGGCUACCACAGGGCGGAAGUGAUGCAAAAAAGCAGUACCUGCAGUUUUAUGUACGGGGAGCUGACGGAUAAAGACACCAUUGAAAAGGUGCGGCAAACAUUUGAGAACUAUGAGAUGAAUUCCUUUGAAAUUUUGAUGUACAAGAAGAACAGGACACCUGUGUGGUUCUUUGUGAAAAUUGCUCCAAUUCGAAAUGAACAGGAUAAAGUGGUUUUAUUUCUUUGCACUUUCAGUGACAUAACAGCUUUCAAACAGCCAAUUGAGGAUGAUUCAUGUAAAGGCUGGGGGAAGUUUGCUCGGCUGACCAGAGCACUGACAAGCAGCAGGGGCGUCCUGCAGCAGUUGGCUCCCAGCGUACAAAAAGGCGAGAACGUCCACAAGCACUCCCGCCUGGCCGAGGUUCUGCAGCUGGGCUCAGACAUCCUUCCCCAAUACAAGCAAGAGGCACCAAAGACUCCCCCUCACAUCAUCUUACAUUACUGUGUUUUUAAGACCACGUGGGAUUGGAUCAUCUUGAUCUUAACCUUCUACACAGCCAUCCUGGUCCCUUACAAUGUCUCCUUUAAAACCAGGCAGAACAACGUGGCCUGGCUGGUUGUGGAUAGUAUCGUGGAUGUCAUCUUUUUGGUGGACAUUGUGCUGAAUUUUCAUACCACUUUUGUUGGACCAGCUGGGGAGGUGAUUUCUGACCCCAAACUCAUCCGCAUGAACUACCUGAAGACGUGGUUUGUGAUUGACCUUCUGUCCUGUUUGCCAUAUGAUGUCAUCAACGCUUUUGAGAACGUGGAUGAGGUUAGUGCCUUUAUAGGUGAUCCAGGGAAGAUUGGUUUUGCUGAUCAGAUUCCACCACCCCUGGAGGGGAGAGAGAGUCAGGGUAUCAGCAGCCUGUUCAGCUCUCUGAAGGUUGUCCGGCUGCUCCGUCUGGGGCGAGUGGCCCGGAAGCUGGACCACUACAUUGAAUAUGGAGCUGCUGUGCUGGUCCUGCUCGUGUGUGUGUUUGGGCUGGCUGCUCACUGGAUGGCCUGCAUUUGGUACAGCAUCGGGGACUAUGAGAUCUUCGACGAGGACACCAAGACUAUCCGCAACAACAGCUGGCUCUACCAGCUGGCGAUGGACAUUGGCACCCCUUACCAGUUUAAUGGGUCUGGCUCAGGGAAGUGGGAAGGGGGUCCCAGCAAGAAUUCCGUCUACAUUUCCUCAUUGUAUUUCACCAUGACCAGCCUCACCAGCGUGGGCUUUGGGAACAUCGCCCCUUCCACAGACAUUGAGAAGAUCUUUGCAGUGGCCAUCAUGAUGAUUGGCUCACUUCUCUAUGCCACCAUCUUUGGGAACGUGACGACCAUUUUCCAACAGAUGUAUGCCAACACCAACAGGUAUCAUGAGAUGCUCAACAGCGUCCGGGACUUCCUGAAGCUCUACCAGGUGCCCAAGGGACUGAGCGAGCGCGUCAUGGAUUAUAUCGUGUCCACCUGGUCCAUGUCCAGAGGCAUCGACACAGAGAAGGUCCUGCAGAUCUGCCCCAAGGACAUGAGAGCUGACAUCUGCGUGCACCUGAACCGCAAGGUGUUCAAGGAGCACCCGGCCUUCCGGCUGGCCAGCGACGGCUGCCUGCGGGCACUGGCCAUGGAGUUCCAGACGGUGCACUGCGCCCCAGGGGACCUCAUCUACCAUGCGGGAGAGAGUGUCGACAGCCUCUGCUUUGUGGUCUCCGGCUCCCUGGAGGUGAUCCAGGAUGACGAGGUGGUGGCCAUUCUAGGGAAAGGAGAUGUGUUUGGAGAUGUGUUCUGGAAGGAAGCCACCCUUGCCCAGUCCUGUGCCAACGUGAGAGCCUUGACCUACUGUGACCUGCAUGUGAUCAAGCGGGACGCCCUGCAGAAAGUGCUGGAAUUCUACACGGCCUUCUCCCACUCCUUCUCCAGGAACCUCAUUCUCACCUACAACUUGAGGAAGAGGAUAGUGUUCCGGAAGAUCAGCGAUGUGAAACGAGAGGAGGAAGAGCGCAUGAAACGGAAGCAUGAGGCCCCCCUGAUCUUGCCGCCGGACCACCCUGUCCGGCGGCUUUUCCAGAGGUUCCGACAGCAGAAGGAGGCCAGGCUGGCCGCAGAGAGGGGUGGCCGGGACCUGGAUGACCUGGACGUGGAGAAGGGCCGCAUCCUCACUGAGCACACUCACCGCGGCCUGGUAAAGGCCAGCGUCGUCACCGUCCGCGAGAGCCCCGCCACGCCCGUGGCCUUCCCAGCAGCCACCGCAUCCGCAGGGCUGGACCACGCCAGGCUGCAGGCGCCCGGCACCGAGUGCCUGGGCCCCACGGCUGGCGGGGGCGACUGUGCCAAGCGCAAGGGCUGGGCCCGCUUCAAGGACGCUUGUGGGAAGGCCGAGGCCUGGAGCAAGGUGUCCAAGGCCGAGUCCAUGGAGACGCUUCCCGAGAGGACAAAGGCGACUGGUGAGGCCACGCUUAAGAAGACAGACUCGUGUGACAGCGGCAUCACCAAGAGCGACCUGCGUCUGGACAACGUGGGUGAGGCCAGGAGCCCCCAGGACCGGAGCCCCAUCUUGGCCGAGCUCAAGCAUUCCUUCUACCCCAUCCCUGAGCAGACACUGCAGGCCGCCGUCCUGGAGGUGAAACACGAGCUGAAGGAGGACAUCAAGGCUCUGAACACCAAAAUGACGAACAUUGAGAAACAGCUCUCUGAGAUACUCAGGAUAUUAACUUCCAGAAGAUCCUCUCAGUCUCCUCAGGAGCUGUUUGAAAUAUCAAGGCCCCAGUCCCCAGAAUCAGAGAGAGACAUUUUUGGAGCAAGUUGAGAGGUCUGUUGAAAAAAAAAGAGUAAGUCAAAGACAAAAAACCUACCCUCCUGCUCUAGACACCACCCCCUACCACACACACCUACAUGACCAACAACUUUCAAAGUAGGCUUUUCCCAACAGAAAAUCCAAGUGGGACCAGUCGCUUAGGCAAGCUCUCUCCUUUUCUCACUCCGGGGAAAGAUCCUGGAAGAGGAGUGUGUCGCCACCCUGCAAGAUGGCAGCUGCAUCCGAACUGUCUUUGCACAAUUUCGGAAGAGGGGGCAUGCCGUCUAAAGGGUAUUUUCCUUCAUUUUCAAUUUUUUACUGCCAUGAUAUUUGUAAAAGAUGAAAACCUCCAGGAGAGAACAGCAGCCACUGGGAUUGGAGGGAGAGCAGCGAGAACCCCUCGUGUGUAUU